AUGAUGAGAGCUGCUAGAUACUACGGCAAGGAGGAUAUCCGGAUCGAGCAAAUCCCUUCGCCGUCCAUAAAGCCAGGACAAGUCAAGAUCGCACCCGCCUUUGUCGGCAUCUGUGGAACCGACCUACACGAAUACCUGGGCGGCCCCAACUUUUGCCCUGAGCACCCGCAUCCCGUCACUCACGAGACCAUCCCCGUCACCCUCGGCCACGAAUUCUCGGGCGUUAUCACCGAGGUCAGCCCCGACGUCAAGGGGUUCGAGGUCGGCCAGCACUGUGCCGUCCAGCCGACCAUCUUCUGUGGCCACUGUGCCGCCUGCCACGACGGCGCGCUUAACGUCUGCCAUGAUGGCGGCUUUGUCGGCCUGAGCGGCGGCGGCGGCGGCCUCAGCGACUCCGUGUGUGUAAGCGCCACACAUGUCUUCAAGCUUCCAGAAAACUUGACGCUCGAGACGGGCGCUCUUGUCGAGCCCUUGUCCGUAGGGUGGCAUGCCAUCACGGCGGCCCCGGGGCUCGGACCCGAGGCGGUCGUUGUCGUCAUGGGCGGCGGUCCGAUCGGCUUGGCGACCAUCCUCUGUCUGAAGGCCAAGAAUGUGCACAACAUCAUCGUGUCCGAGAUUGCAGCCUCUAGGCAGAAUUUUGCCCGCGAGUUCGGGGCUACCGAGAUCGUCAAUCCGAUAAAAGACAACCUCAACGAAGUGGUAAUGCGUGUCAGUGACGGGCGAGGAGCCGAUGCCGUGUUCGACUGCGCAGGUGUCCCUGCGAGUAUCAAGAGCGCAUGUGAGAUUGUCAAGGUGAAGGGAACAGUUGUCAAUGUGGCAAUCUGGGAGAAGGAGAUCCCCUUCAACCCCAACUGGAUCACAUGGAAAGAGAGUUCCUAUAAAUCUGUUCUCGGGUACCAAAAGGAGGACUAUGAAGCUGUUAUUGAAAACUUGAGGACAGGCGCCAUCAACCCAAAGGGCAUGAUCACACGAAAGAUCAAAUUAGAGAAUCUGGUUGAAGAUGGCAUCAAGACUUUGAUCCAUGACAAAGACAGUCACGUCAAGAUCCUGGUUGAUGUAAAUGAUAAAUGA